AUGCCGUGGGACGGUGCGAACCCGACGAAGCCCGUCAACGACCCGCUGGGCUGGACGCCGCUCCCAACCGAGGCGCCGUUCCCGCUGUACGGCGGAGAGAUGGUGCCCAUGCCCGGAAAGCACAUCUUCGCCAGAGCCUUCUCCGACCAGCUGUGCGGUUACAUCAGCAACGACUCAGGGCGUCCGUGGACUUGCGAGUACAGUCUGGCGACUUGCACCACCGGAAGCGGUGUUCUCGGGUGCUGCUAUCCUGAGAGUGACACUACCGUCUGCGGAUUCCGGACAGCAUGUAUCGGCUCGGCUGCCCAAGCGUCCUGCGGUGUCAGCUGUCUGUCGAACACUCUCAUGAGGAAGUGUACCGAUUCGACCGCGCCGUUCUGCAUCCUCUACACGGUGCCCAGCGACACCGUGAGCGUGUGGGGUUGCACGUCAACCGCAGGCCUGACCCAGCCCGUCGCCAUGAAUGCCGCCAUCACGAUCCCCAAGGCGACAUCGGUCGAGGUAGUCUCGCGCACGGCGAUCGUCUUCGCCUCGUCCGACAUCGGGGUGUCGCCGGCCUCGGGUUCCGCCUCGGCCUCACUGGGCGGCGCCGUUACGGAGCCCACAUCGGGAGGAGGCGGCGGGAAAUCCAACGUUGGCGCGAUCGCGGGAGGAGUCGUCGGCGGUCUCGCCGUGAUCGUCGUCGGCGCGCUCGGCAUCUUUCUCGUCCUCUCGCGCCGCAAGAAGCGGGCUGCCAUCGCCGCCGCCGCCGCCGUAGCCCCCAACCACCACGUGCCCUACCAACCCGACAUGCCCGCCGCGCAACAGCCCAUGCUCCAGCACCAGCAACCCCCGAUGCAGCAGCCAAUGUACUCCGGCGGCAGCUACAGCGACCAGCCGUGGAACAACCAGGUGUACGCCGCGCCGCCGCCGCAGAUGAUGCACCCGCAACAACAGCAGCAGGAGUCCUUCGGCUACAAGUACCAGCCCUCGGAGCUGCCCACACCCGUCUCCGCGCAGACGCACUACGACUCGCAAUCGCCCGCGCCGUACCACCAGCCCGAACAGCAGCACGGAUACUACGGGCCGCCGCAGCAGCAGUAUAAUGGUCAGCCUCAGCAGCAGUAUAAUGGCCCGCCGCCGACGGAGCUGCCGGAACGAUACUAG